AUGGCGCAGACAGAAAACAGAAUACGAGCAUAUUUUAGGAAACUUUAUAUAAACACAUCACACUAUAUGAAAAACUACAUGACUGCAUCAGACCAAGAAAUGCAGAACAAUGCAGACCCUAUAAUGGACAUCAUAGCAACUGCACCAAGUGAUUCAUUGUACUUUAUUGAAAGAAUAAAUCUCAUUUCAGCAAUAAUAAGUAUGAGCACAUCCUUUCCCUACCUGACAUAUUUAAUCAUUUAUUGGAACGAUUGCUCAUGCAAUGAUAUUUUAAGAUGGUGGAUAGUAAUUAACAGCAUACUGCAACUCAUUCAAGCACCUGUACGAUUUUUCUUGUAUUUCUUAUUGAGAAAAUAUAAACUCGAAAAUGAGAGGAUGCACAUUCACGCGCUGAGGAGACUGACAAGUUCGAAGGGAUGGAAACUCAGCAAGAGGUUCAGCUUGCUAAAUUAUUUAUGGUUUAUAACAGGAACAGUUGUAAUGGUAGUGACAAGAAAAUACACAAGGAACUUUUACUUGUGGUUUAUAUCAUGGACCAUUAUCCUUUCAUGCAUAUUCCGAGUAUUCUUCACAGUAAUCUGGUUUUGUUUUUUUUUUCCGUAUCAUCAAAAUAUCCCGAAACAGAAAAAGGGGGUACCUAAACCAUUUUUUUCAGAAAUACCCACCUUCAAAUAUUCAGCAGAUAAAAAAUUAAAGAACGAGUCUUGUUCCAUUUGCUUAUCUGAUUUUGUUGAAAAGGAUGAUAUUAUUGAAUUAAGGUGCUUACACAAUUUUCAUAUAAAAUGUGCAAAAAAGUGGUUAUCACAAAGAAGACAAUGCCCCCUAUGUCAAAGGGAUGUUAUGAAAAAUAAUUAA